AAGAUGCCCAUCCUGGAGAAAGCGCCCCAGAAGAUGGCAGCAAAAACUUCUCUCAGCAGUGAGGAGACUGAGCUGCCCAAACUCCCAGUGCCCCCCCUGCAGCAGACCCUGGCCACUUACCUGCGGUGCAUGCAGCACCUGGUGCCCAGGGAGCAGUUCCGGAGGAGUCAGGCCAUUGUGCAGCAGUUUGGGGCCCCUGGUGGCCUGGGUGAGACCCUGCAGCAGAAGCUCCUGGAACGGCAGGAGAAGACUGCCAACUGGGUGUCUGAGUACUGGCUGAAUGACAUGUAUCUCAAUAACCGCCUAGCCCUGCCUGUCAACUCCAGCCCAGCGGUGAUCUUUUCCCGGCAGCACUUCCAAGACACCAAUGACCAGCUCAGGUUUGCCGCCAACCUCAUCUCGGGAGUGCUCAGCUACAAGACCAUGCUGGACAGUCACUCCAUCCCCACUGACUGUGCCAAGGGCCAGCUGUCAGGGCAGCAGCUCUGUAUGAAGCAAUACGAUGGCCUCUUCUCUUCCUACCGCCUCCCUGGCCACAUCCAGGACACGCUGGUGGCCCAGAAGAGCAGCAUCAUGCCUGAGCCGGAGCACAUCAUUGUGGCCUGCUGCAACCAGUUCUUUGUCUUGGAUGUUGUCAUUAAUUUCCGCCGUCUCAGUGAGGGGGAUCUGUUCACUCAGUUGAGAAAGAUAGUCAAAAUGGCUUCCAACGAGGACGAACGCUUGCCUCCAAUCGGCCUGCUGACAUCAGACGGGAGGAGCCAGUGGGCUGAGGCCAGGACAGUCCUCGUGAAAGGUCAGCCGCAGUGCCCAGCGCAUCUCCACGCCCAUCUCAUCCUCACGUCCAUCGGCUUUCCCUCCACCAGGGUCGGGAACCAUGCCUCAUCCCCAUCUGCCAUCGCACUGGAGCUGAGGCCUCCCUCCAACUCAGGACCCGGUGGCAAGUCUUGCUGUCAGCUGAGGUUCCUUGACGCUGAAGGCACCUUUGGUACCUUUUAUUUCAUCUGA